CGUUCCUGCCCCGGCGCAGGGCGAGCGGCCGCUGGUGGCGCUGAGGCUCGGCGCGCUUCCGUCAUGGACUACCGGCGGCUGCUGAUGAGUCGGGUGGUUCCGGGGCAGUUUGACGACGCCGACUCCUCGGACAGUGAAAACAUUGACUUGAAGACUGUCAAAGAGGAAGGUGAUAUUCUGUUUGAAGACCUUCAGAAUAACGUGGAUGAGAAGAUGGGUGAAGGUGAGAUGGAAGGGGAGGAAGAGGAGGAUUAUGACGACGAUGAUGACUGGGACUACGAUGAUGGAUUUGGAAAACUGGUCAGGUGCUCAGCCUCAGGUGGAGGGAGUAACCUGCAGGCAAAUCGACAGACUCCCAGUUGCAAUUCAGCCAAAAUGUCUACUCCAUCAGACAAGGUCUUACGGAAAUUUGAGAAUAAAAUUAAUCUAGAAAAACUAAACGUUACUGAUUCUGUCAUAAACAAAGUCACGGGAAAGUUUAGACAAAAGGAAGCAGAUAUGUAUCGCAUCAAAGAUAAGUCGGACAGAGCAACUGUAGAACAGGUGUUGGAUCCCAGAACACGAAUGAUAUUGUUCAAGAUGUUGAUGAGAGGAAUCAUAUCAGAGAUCAAUGGCUGCAUUAGCACAGGAAAAGAAGCUAAUGUAUAUCACGCUCGCACAGCAAACGGAGAGAGCAGAGCAAUCAAAAUUUAUAAAACUUCUAUUUUGGUGUUCAAAGACCGGGAUAAGUAUGUCAGUGGGGAAUUCAGGUUUCGUCAUGGCUACUGUAAAGGCAACCCCAGAAAAAUGGUGAAAACGUGGGCAGAAAAGGAAAUGAGGAACUUAAUCAGGCUAAACACAGCAGAGAUCCCGUGCCCAGAACCUAUCCUGCUGCGAAGUCAUGUUCUCGUCAUGAGUUUCAUUGGCAAAGACGACAUGCCAGCGCCGCUCUUGAAAAACGUCCAGUUAUCAGAAUCCAAGGCUCGGGAGUUGUAUGCGCAGGUGAUCGAGUACAUGAGGAGAAUGUACCAGGACGCCAGGCUUGUGCACGCGGAUCUCAGUGAAUUCAACAUGCUGUACCAGGGCGGAGGCGUGUGCAUCAUUGACGUUUCUCAGUCCGUGGAGCAUGACCACCCGCACGCCUUGGAGUUCUUGAGGAAGGACUGCGCCAACGUCAACGGUUUCUUUCUGAAGCACGGGGUCGCCGUGAUGACUGUGCGAGAGCUCUUUGAAUUCGUCACGGAUCCAUCAGUUACACACGAGAACGUGGACGCGUAUCUGGCAAAGGCCAUGGAAAUAGCAUCUCAAAGGACCAAGGAGGAAAGGUCCAGCCAAGAUCAUGUGGAUGAAGAGGUGUUUAAGCGAGCUUACAUCCCUAGAACCUUGAAUGAAGUGAAGAACUAUGAGAGGGAUGUGGACAUAAUGAUGAAACUGAAGGAAGAGGACAUGGCCAUGAACGCCCAGCAGGACAACAUUCUAUACCAAACUGUCACGGGACUGAAGAAGGAUUUGUCAGGAGUUCAGAAGGUCCCUGCACUCCUAGAAAAUCAAAUUAAGGAAAGUCAAGUUAAGGAAAAGACUUGUUCUGAUUCAGAAGAUGCCAGAAGCUCUCAGUGUUCUGACACAGACUCUGAAGACCAGGGAGACAGCGCCUGCUCCAGAAAGCCCACCGCUGACCUUGAAGUUGAUAAAAAGGAAAGAAAAAAGAUGGUCAAGGAAGCCCAGAGAGAGAAAAGAAAAAACAAAGUUCCUAAACAUGUGAAAAAAAGAAAGGAGAAGACAGCCAAGACGAAAAGGGGCAAAUAGAACCAGAACUGUAUGAUAUACAGUGAUUUCCAUCACCUGCUCUCUGAGCUGCAUCUGGAGGAUGGGUUAUUGAUUUUAACUGAAUGGUUAUUACUGCAGUGUCCUCGUGGACGGAUUCACGUGUUUUCAUGUAAUUAUGUAAAAAGCUCUAAGCUCUAGUGUCUAGGUCUAGUCCCUAGCUCUUUAUGGUAUUGAUAGAGGAUUGUUUAAGCUACUAUUUUAAUGAAGAACUUUAUACAAUUUUACUUUUGUAUAUAUUUUCUCCUGCAGUUUGGUUUUUGAAGCAUCGUAACUGUUUAAAUGUAUUGAGCAGUUACGUAAAGGCACUUUGGACAAACUUGGGCAAAUUGUUUUUGCUUUGUUUGUAACGUGCCAAAGACCCAUCUGAAAUCAUUUGAUUAUAAGGCCAGGGUUUCUCUAAAAGGGGGUUUCACUGAUUUAGAGAAUUCAGUUGUUGAUAUAAUCGUUCAUCACAACUUUGUUCUAUGUGUAUUGAUGAUUAUUUACAAUAAGUUACUCUUCAUCUUUCAUAUUCUUUUUUGAGCUAGGACCUCCUAGUUUAUAAGCUAUUUCACAUUCAACUAUGAGGUCUGUUCAUUCAUUCAUCAAAUAUUUGAGUAUUUUAGGUGCGAGGGAUACAGCAGUAAAUCAAAAGCAAUUUCCAUAGAUAAACCUAGUUUCCCUUAAACCGAAGCUUGCACCUGCUUGUUUGAGAGUCAGUGGGUUAUUGAGGGAGGGGCGGGCCUACUGGAUAAAGCAGACAAAAGUUACUACCUUCAGCUGGUUUGCGUUUUAAUAGGAAGACGAGGCAUUAAACAAAAUAAGUAAAAAAUAGUCUAUCAGCAGGUAAUAUAUUCCGGGGGAGGGGAAGAAGUAAUGUAGAGAAGAGAAUGCCUGGGGCGAUGGGAGAGUGCAGGUUUAAAACAGGCCACGCUGAGAGGCCAUAUUUGGGCAAAUACUUGAAGGAUGUGAGUCAUGUGCAUAUCGGGAGAGAAGAGCAUUCCAGGCAAAGCAAACAGCAAGUGCAAAGGCCCCGAGGCAGAAGUGUGUCUGAAAUGUUCCAGAAACAGGGAGCUAGAGCAUCAUAACCAGGGGGGGAAGUAGCAGCUUAGAUCAGGUGGUGGUAUGUGCCUGGAAGGUUUUGAGCAGAGGAAUGGUGUAAUCUGACUUCUGUUUUGAAAGGGUCGCGAUCCCUUUGGCUUCCAGGGAAAAUGGACUAGGAGAUGGGUGGGGAUGGGCAGGCAGCUGGGUGUGUACCGUGGUAACCCACACAACAGGUGACGGAGGCUCGGUCCAGGAUGGUAGCAGUAGACAUGGAGAGAAGCGGUUGGAUUCUAGGUAAAGCAGACACGGUGAACUGGAUGUGCCGUGAGAAAUGCCGAUUUUAGUCCUUGAAUCAAAGGCAAUUUCCAUAGAUAAACCUAGUUUCCCUUAAACUGAAGCUUGCACCUGCUUGUUUGAGAAUCUGUGGGUUAUUGAAGGGGUGGCGGGGUCAAUUGAGCUUUUAAAGUUUUAAGUCAAAUUUAUUACGUUCAUAAUAGCCUCUCUUCCUGACUUGAAACAAGUUCAAAAUAUGAAGUAUAAUUUCAGUGAAACACAAUUGUAUGUCCUGUAAAAUAUUCUACAGUUAACACAACCAAAGAGAAAACGAAAAAGGAGGCUGAGCCAUCCAGUACACCCUGGGGGAUUCAUCUUCAGGACCCCCCGGUUCUCUCAUGGGUUGAGUCUUACCUCCAGCCAGGCGUGUUUGAAUCAGGUGGUCGGGCUCCGCAGUGCCAUCUUUGGUGAAUCGAAUGCAAUCACUAGGCUUAGAUUCAGUUUCUCUGGGCAAAAGUGGUGUCGGUAGGACGGACACUCAUUACCUGCUGCCGGAAGUGGCUUGUGACGUGCCGGGAUUUGGGACUGUGGGGGAUUCUGAUUUGAGGAGCCUUUUUCUGGCAGCUUGCUCAUGUGGCUGUUUCCCCAUCUGGAUUCUGGGCUGUAGCUGUGGCUGAGUGGGAACCACUGGUAGCAUUCUUGCCAACCUGGUCUGAAACCGUUUCCCUUGUUUGUUUUUUGCCAGGAGGUCUGGAGGAAGGAGCCUCUUUGUAGGCAAACUUAACAGGGCUACUUUCUGGCUUUAACUGCAAUAGAAUUUUGAGCACUUGACAGGUUUUAGUGUCCCUGGAUUAUUGGUUGUGCAGUGACUUUCCAUUUGGAGAGAUGAGCUUUGGGGUCUCUUGAUCCAAAGGCUGGGACAUCAUUUUGUCGGUUGUUGAUGUAUCUGGUUUUCUGUCCUAUUUUGUUGAUUUUCUAAUCCCUUCAAAAAUGCAGGUGUUUCUGAAAGUUUACUGUGAGGAAUCUGGUUGAUUUCGUUGAAGCACAAAAUCACAGCUAUUUCCUCUGCGGCUCUACUUAUUCUUCCUUUGAUGAAGCAGUUUAGGAACAGAACUUUGCCUGGCCCAGGAGCUCCAGCAUUUGAGCCUGGCCUUGGAGUGAAGAGGGGCACAGUGGCAGCUGGCUGCCUAGGUCUGAUCAAAUGCGAAUCCACGUUUGGGGCUGACAUCACUUUUUCUUUAGCUUUCUCUGCUCCUUGAUGAAGAUGGACUCAAUCGGUUGAAGAACUUUGUAGUUUGGUACUAAGACUUGUUGGAGAAGAGCUCUCAUUUUCAUGGGUUUCUGCUGAAUUCUGUGCAAGCAGCUUGUUUCUUGGUUGCAGGCCUAUCCUGUUUUGUGGCUAUGAUUUCAUUCACCUUUUGGCUCAAAAUGAAGAGAUGAAGAUGUUCUUCUAGAAGCUGGUAAAAAUUCACUUGAAGGACAUCUCAAACGUCAUGGGCUCUGAAUGUUGACAUUUCUAAAAAUCCUUUUGGUUUUCAAGAGCUUGACAGAUUUUCUAAUUUUUAGUUGUUUAUACACAUAUAAGUAAAGACCAGGAACAUUCAUUCAGAGCUUGACUUUGACUUCUGGGGUUUACUUUUUGAUGAUGAAAGGGUCGCAUGAAUCAGCAGGUAUGGUCUGCUGGUAUGGUCAAGGUAUGUAUGGUCUCCUGUGAAGAUUUCCUGUGACCACAUCAAAUGGCUAAGAUUUUCAACCUUUGGUGAUCAUAAAACAAGAGCUCUCCAUGUUCUGUCUCUUGAAUUGGAUUAGGUUAUUACAUUCCUAAUCCAUUUUGGUUGGAGUUCUGUUUUGUUUUGUUUGUUUGUUUUGCAGUACACGGGCCUCUCACUGUUGCGGCCUCUCCCGUUGCGGAGCACAGGCUCCGGACGCGCAGGCUCAGCGGCCAUGGCUUACGGGCCCAGCCGCUCCGCGGCACGUGGGAUCCUCCCGGACCGGGGCACGAACCCGCGUCCCCUGCAUCGGCAGGUGGACUCUCAACCACUGCGCCACCAGGGAAGCCCUUGGUUGGAGUUUUUAACUUCCAUAUCCUUUGGGUUUGUGUUACCUUGGACAUCAGGGCUUUUAUUAGUGCUCCAGGGGAAAUUAUAGUGUUGUGUCUGAAAUCAUUUAAGCUAGUUUCCGAAGGAAAAGGUAUCUUUCUUGGGUCUGUGUUCUCCAGAGAUCUUAGUCACGGUUGGUGGUGCUGUGGGAACCUCUGGGCUUGAACUUAGAGAAUGAAGACUUGAACUCACGGAAUUUUUGCUUUUUGGCUUUCCUUCAUUUUCUGUGUCACUCCACAUCCUGCUUUGACUGCUGGCAGGCCGCGGUCGUGAGGAGGUGGCCCUCAUACCGCCUGGAAUAGCCACACACCCACAAAAUCCUUUCUCUCUCCUUUUUUCCCAGAAUGGCAAGGGCAUCAUCUGUGUGUGAGCACAGCUAUUUCUAGCUCUCUGAGAGCUUUCUACCCCUCUUAUCAACGCACCUUAAUAAUUUUAAGGCCGAGCAACUUAAUCAUCUCGGGGUGAAAUUUUAACCUUUACACAUUUUCUGCAUAGCUGCCUUGGAGUCCUAAGCUUGUCAGUGAAAAAGUGGUGGGUCCUUGGGGUCCCAGUGCAGCAGCUGGAGAGGCGGGCAGGCAGAGGAUGGGCUGUUUAAAGUACACAUGGGGGUUGCCCUUGAGGGUAGCAUCUGCACUACAGCCGUGGGCGUGAGUGGCUGCAUAGGGGAGCAUCAGAGGUUUAGGUCAAGGAACUGAGGCCAGGGUUUUGGAAGGACCAUCUGUGUUAGGACAGGGCCUAGUUUUAGAGUGUCAGUGAGUGACAUGCCUGAAUCUUCAGUGGGCUGGGAGAGAGGUGACGCGGACGCCUGUAAUGUAGUGGGGAGGUGAGUGGUGUCGGACGACGUCAGUGCCCUCCGGAGAGCCAGGGUUUAAGUGGGGCAAGGAGAGGGGAACCCUCAGAGAAGACGUUGAGGAUGCGAGGCUUCUUGCUGGUGUCUGACCCCACGUGGGUUCCAGACGGCACUGGGGGGAGUGUUUCAGGAUGGAGAAGAGUAGGAAAAGCCCCGUUGUGGGGUUGGAUGCUUCUGGAUCUGAGGACCUGACCCUGUUAAGUAGGCAAAUGCCACAAGCACGUGGAGAUAAAGAGCAGUGCCUGCCUCGUGGAGUUACUGUGAAGGACACAGGAGAGCUACGGGGAGCUUGGCAAGGGCUGGAUCAGGCUGGUGAACCUGGACUCCGUCAUUCAAGAUGGAACAGUCCGACCCCUUGGUGUUCCUGCAGUGAUGUGAAAAGAAGUUCACAGAACCUAGAAGGUAUCUUGCCUCCCCCCAGAAACGUUGAACCUCAACCCAUGUCGCCGCCAGCUGUAAUCAGCAGUUUACAAAGUAUACAGCUCACAGGAACAGGAUAAAUGAUGCUGGGAGGAUAUAGUCAACCGAAUUCAGAAUAAGGGGGAAAAAAAGAAGAGGGAGAGCUAUGAUAAAGAGGUCUAAGAGACAUAUUUCCCAAUGCUGUGGAUUUCACUUGGACCCUGAUUAGAUCAAACCCACUGUAAAAAGAUGGACUGUUUGGGGCUUUCUUUUUAGACAAAUAGGGAAAACUAAAAAUGGAGGAGGUGUUAGAUGGUAGUAAGGGAUUGUUCAUUUUACUGGAUGUGAUAGUGGUGUUGUAUUUAAAAGUGGUUCUCUCAGAGUAUGGACUGAAGUCUUUAUGGGUGAGAUGGGUAGAAAGCCUGCGACUGUUUCAAAAUUCUCCAUCCUUGACCGACUCCUAAAGGAAAGUGGUGGAUGAAGCAGAAAUAGCAGGAGGUCAGUAGUUGCUAAAGCAGAGGAAUGGGUGUGUAGGGAUUUAUUAUACUCCUCUCUCUCUGUAACAAUUUCUGUAAGGAAAAAAGGUGUUUUUUUUUUUUUUUUACUGAGUCAAAGUAAAUAUAUUAAGUACUUAAAACAGGGCUUGUCACAUAGUAGUUCUGUAUUACACAAGUAUCUAUAUUUUUAUUUUACUCGUUAUUCUUUUAAACUUUUUUUUUUUUUUUUUUGCGGUACGCGGGCCUCUCACUCCUGCGGCCUCUCCCGUUGCGGGGCACAGGCUCCGGACGCGCAGGCUCAGCGGCCAUGGCUCACGGGCCCAGCCACUCCGCGGCAUGUGGGAUCCUCCCGGACCGGGGCACGAACCCGCGCCCCCUGCAUCGGCAGGCGGACUUUCAACCACUGCGCCACCAGGGAAGCCCAUUAUUCUUAAGUAACUUUUUUUGCCCAGGCAUCAAGGUUUAAUCAUCUGGGCCAAAGAAGUAGGUCUAGGUAGAACUGUGAUGGCUUCUGGUACUGGCCCAGCUCGGCAAUGUCACUUGAAAUGUCACUUGAAUGUGAAGGCAGUUUGAGAACUUGUAUAUUGAACAAAUGCUGACAGAAGUUUUAGUGCUGCCAAGCCUGACCCUUGUUUUAACAUAUGUCACCUUCUCAGUGACCUGUCCUAACCACUCUGUCUGGAUUUGCAGUCUGCCCCCUUAACUAAGGCCCCUACACACCUUAUUACCUUUGCUUUGCAUAGUUUUUCUAAAGCUCCUCUAACUAACUUACAGGUAGACCUCGUUUUAUUGCGCUUCACAGGUAAUUGCGGUUUUUACAAAUUGAAGGUCUGUGGCAACCCUCUGUUGAUCACGUCUGUCUGGGCCAUUUUUCCAACAGCAUUUGCUCACUUUGUGACUCUGUGUUACAUAUUUUGAUAGUUCUCAAAAUCUUUGAAACCCUCCACCAGCAAAAAGAUUACAUCUCGCUGACAACUCAGAUGAUGGUUAACUUCUUUUAGCAAUAAAGGAUUGUUUAAUCACUUUUUUUAGCCACAAUGCUAUUGCACACUUAUAGACUACAGUCUAGUGUAAACAUCACUUUUUUAUGCACUGGGAAACCAAAAAAUCCAUGUGACUUGCUUUAUUGCGCUACUCGCUUUAUUUGGUGGUCUGUAGCCAAGCCCACGGUAUGUCCCAGCUCUGCCUGUACUUACAUGCUGAGUUUUCUCAUAUGUAUUGUGUGUCUUCCCUCACCUCCCAACCUCUUCCUAGAAUGUAAGCUCCACAGGGGCAGGGAUUUUUAUCUUUGUUCAGUCUUGUAUCCCAACACCUAGAAUUGUGUCUAAAAUACCGUAAAUGCUCAAUAAAUAUUUAAGGGAAUAAUACGUUGUGUUUCUUAAAGGUGGAGCUGUGACAUCAAUUGGAUACACACACCACCACCCCCCCAUGAUGAUAAAAAUGAAGACUAGGGGUUGAUGUGCAUUGACUUGUGCCCUCUAGCCCUCCCUUCAGUGACCAGGGGCGCCCACUGUAAGGUGACCGAUCUACUCCUGGGGGCUACAGCGCUGCCUCUGCACAGCCUUCUGUCCUCAGACCCUCGGCAUCAGCACAGCUCUCCAGCCAGUGGAACGGGUGCAUUUUAAACUGGAUUGUUGUUUUGACUUUGACCACAUGAGACCAUUUGACUGUUAUCCAAGGUGCUUGGGCAACAGUGCAUUGACUGAUGAGUUAUUCAAUCCCAAAUCACCAUAAUGUAGGAGAAUGGGAGACCUGAUAGAAGCCUAGCCUUAUAGUCACGCAUUUUCCCAACUCUUCCCAAAUAUGGACUGAAAGUUCUGAAAACAAGUUGAUCUUAAGAGAUGGUUCUGGUGGUGGUCUGUGAGAACUGUUCCAGAUACAGAUUUUUUUUUUUUUUUUUUUUUUUUGCGGUACGCGGGCCUCUCUGUCGUGGCCUCUCCCGUUGUGGAGCACAGGCUCCGGACGCGCAGGCUCAGCGGCCAUGGCUCACGGGCCCAGCCGCUCCGCGGCAUGUGGGAUCCUCCCGGACCGGGGCACGAACCCGCGUCCCCUGCAUCGGCAGGCGGACUCUCAACCACUGCGCCACCAGGGAAGCCCCAACAGAUGUAUUUUUGAUGUAUUUGUGGGGGGAGGUGGGCUCCACUUCCUACUCCACCAUCUUGACCUCCUCCUCAAGGGAUGGUUCUGAGUUUGAACUAGGCCUCUGCUUCCUUGAGAAGCUGACCAACUCCCACAGUGAAGCACAAUCAACAGGGCAUGAAACAGGACCCCAGCCCCAGGGGUGGGCAUGAUUGUCAGUAGGUGCUUGGUCUGGCCCAACGUGGUUUUUCAGUAAAUGAUACCAAUAUUGGCGGUGAUGUUGGGAGCCUCCCUCCUGCUGCCGGGCACAUGAGCGUGGUCAAGGCUAGCCGGGGCAAGUUGCAGGAAUGGAUAAGGCACCUGCCGUUGGGGGAGGAUUUCUCGUCUGUGGAUUGCGGGAAUUGGACCAGAUAGCCAUCAAAUUUCUCCUUUACAAUUCUAUUAUUUUAAAAUGCAUAGCAUGGACUUCCCUGGUGGCUCAGUGGUUAAGAAUCCUCCUGCCAAUGCAGGAGACAUGGGUUCGAGCCCUGGUCCAGGAGGAUCCCACAUGCCACAGAGCAACUAAGCCCGUGUGCCCAACUGCUGAGCCUGUGCUCUGGAGCCCACGAGCCACAACUACUGAGCCUGUAUACCACAACUACUGAAGCCCGCGUGCCUGGAGCCCAUGCUCUGCAAUGGGAGAAGCCACUGCAAUGAGAAGCCCGCGCACCACAACGAAAAGUAGCCCCCGCUCACCACAACUAGAGAAAAGCCCACGCGCAGCAACGAAGACCCAAUGCAGCCAAAAAUAAGUAUUAAAAAAAAAAAAAAAAACGUGUAGCACAGAUGACUCUUAUUGAAAGAAGUUGCCAAUAGGUAUUUUGGGGACUUCCCUGGCCAUCCAGUGGUUGGGACUCAGCACUUUCUCUGCCAGGGCCCGGGUUUAAUCCCUGGUCGGGGAGCUAACAUCCCGCAAGCUGCGAGGCAUGGCAUGAAAAAAUGAAAAAAAACUUUCAGAGAGAAGGAAAGGGGUCUCAGAUGAAAGCUUGAAGAGGAAUACAGAAUGAAAAAUAAAGAAAGCACGUGUGAGGGCAAAUAAAUAACAGCCAUUGAUUGUUAAAAAAAAAAAAAGAAAAAUUGUGUUUUACCGGAGUCCUGGGUAUUGCUAAACAAAGUGCUGUGGUUUUAUCAGGAUGCCCAAAGGCCUCAAAUUUCGUGCUCAAAGAAGUUUUUCUCAUGGAUUCUGCACAUUGUGUGUUAUCUAUUUCUGAUUAUGAUUUCUGGCUUUAUAUAAAAUUAAUAAAGCAACUGACAGAGUGAAAAAAAAA